AUGGAGAGCACCGAGUUAAUCACUAAAGACAAGCUAGAAUUCCUUGGCAUUAUCAAGGAAUCCUUGAAAAUACCAGCGAAGAAACCCACAUUCAUUCUCCUCUCCUUCCUCACUUCAGUUCCUCCAUUCUGCUUCUUCCUCUGGCAACACCUCGUUCUUCACCAGCUCAUCUAUGAAGCAGGAGCCAACUUCGUUGCGGUAUACGAUCCCAUCUGCGGGACGCAUUGGCCACUCUGCUCUUUCCCGCCGCGGUAUUCACUAGACUCCACCUUGGAAUUGAUCCAGCGGCUCAGUCCAACACUCAGGGCCGUCCCAUAA